AUGCUGUCGGGAUCAUCGAAGCAAGCUCGAUCUCGAUUCGUUACUGAUCUCACCAAUUCAGAGAGUACCCAGAUCAAUUUCAGAUAUGAACUACUUGUCAAGCAACUAAUCAAGCACACACCUACUGAACAUGCUGAUCACGAAGUACUGUUGAGAGCGCAACGGCACAUUCACAACCUGGCGUCGACUUCGAUUCAGAUGAUGCGUAGCUGA